AUGCUUGAGAAGACCUGGGAGCUGCACCUGCUGCUUCUGCUGGGGUUAGGGCUGGGGCUGGGGUCCCGGCAGGCCCUGCCUCCACCCUGUGAGAGCCAGAUCUACUGCCACGGGGAGCUCCUGCACCAAGUUCAGAUGGCCAAACUCUACCAGGAUGACAAGCAGUUUGUGGACAUGCCACUGUCCUCAGCUCCAGAUCAAGUCCUGCAGCACUUCAACAAGCUAGUCAACACCCACAACAAUAGCAUCCCCCGACAGCAGCUGCAGAUGUUCCUCCAAGAACACUUCCAUGACAUGGGGCAGGAGCUGCAGCCCUGGAUCCCUGAAGACUGGAAAGAGAGCCCGAAGUUCCUAGAGAAGAUCUCAGACUCCAAACUGCGAGCAUGGGCAGGGCAGCUGCACCAACUCUGGAAGAAGCUAGGAAAGAAGGUGAAGCCAGAGGUCCUCCACCACCCGGAGCGGUUCUCACUGAUCUACUCUCAACACCCCUUCAUUGUGCCUGGCGGGCGCUUUCUGGAGUUCUACUACUGGGACUCCUACUGGGUGAUGGAGGGCCUGCUCCUCUCUGAGAUGCCCGAGACGGUGAAGGGCAUGCUGCAGAACUUCCUGGACCUGGUGCAAAUCUACGGACAUGUCCCCAAUGGGGCCCGCAUGUACUACCUGCAGCGCAGCCAGCCCCCACUCCUGACCCUCAUGAUGGACCGCUAUGUGACUUACACCAAUGACAACGCUUUCCUACGGGACAACAUUGAGACCCUAGCCUUGGAGUUGGACUUCUGGACUAAGAACAGGAGCAUCUCUGUGAGCGUGGGGGGAAAGAGCUACAUUCUGAAUCGCUAUUACGUCCCUUACGGGGGACCCAGACCAGAGUCUUACAGCAAAGAUGCUGAGCUGGCAGACACCAUGCCCGAAGGGGACCGGGAGGCUCUAUGGGCUGAGCUCAAGGCUGGAGCCGAGUCUGGCUGGGACUUCUCUUCACGCUGGCUCAUUGGAGGCCCAAACCCUGACUUGCUCAGCAGCAUCCGAACCAGCAAACUUGUGCCUGUUGACCUCAAUGCCUUCCUAUGCCAGGCAGAGGAACUAAUGAGCAACUUCUACACAAGCCUGGGGAAUGACUCUCAAGCCACGAAGUACAGAAAUUUGCGGGAACAGCGCUUGGCUGCCCUGAAGGCCAUCCUUUGGGAUGAGGAGAAAGGUGCCUGGUUUGACUAUGACAUUGAAAACCAAAAGAAGAACCAAGAGUUUUACCCAUCCAACCUCGCUCCUCUGUGGGCGGGCUGCUUCUCUGACCCAGGCGUUGUGGACAAGGCUCUGAAAUACCUGGAGGACAGCCAGAUGCUGACCUAUCAAUACGGGAUCCCAACAUCUCUCCGGAAGACGGGUCAGCAGUGGGACUUCCCCAAUGCCUGGGCCCCGCUACAGGACCUGGUCAUCAGAGGUCUGGCCAAGUCGCCUUCACCCCGGACCCAGGAAGUAGCUUUCCAGUUGGCGCAGAAUUGGAUCCGAACCAACUUUGAUGUCUACUCCCAAAAGUCAGCCAUGUACGAGAAGUACGACAUCAGCAACGGUGGACAACCCGGUGGUGGAGGGGAGUAUGAAGUUCAGGAGGGCUUUGGCUGGACCAAUGGAGUGGUCCUGAUGCUCCUGGACCGCUAUGGUGACCGGCUGAGCUCAGGGACCCAGACAGCUUUCCUGGAGCUCCACUGCCUCGCAGCUGCCCUCCUGCUUAGCCUCCGGCCACAGUGAUGGGCCUCA